CCCGCCCCGCGCCCCGCCGCCGCCGCCGCGGAGGCCCCACUGCGGGGUCGGACGCCUGGAAGGGUCUACAGGGAAGAGCGAUGAGAGAGAUGCGACCCCUACCUCCUUAGGCCUGAGGGAUCAGGAGCUAUGGGGCCAAGGGCCCUCUCAUUUCUACUGUUGCUGCUGCUCUUGGUGGCAACUGGAGAUGCUGACAUGAAGGGACAUUUUGACCCUGCCAAGUGCCGCUAUGCCCUGGGCAUGCAGGACCGGACCAUUCCUGACAGUGACAUCUCUGUCUCCAGCUCCUGGUCAGAUUCCACGGCUGCCCGACACAGCAGGCUGGAGAGCAGUGAUGGAGAUGGGGCAUGGUGCCCGGCAGGGCCUGUGUUUCCCAAGGAGGAGGAGUACCUGCAGGUGGAUCUACGGCGACUACACUUGGUUGCCUUGGUGGGCACCCAGGGCCGCCAUGCUGGAGGUCUGGGCAAGGAGUUCUCCCGUAGCUACCGGCUGCGUUACUCCCGGGAUGGCUACCGCUGGAUGGACUGGAAGGACCGUUGGGGUCAGGAGGUGAUCUCAGGGAAUGAGGACCCCGGGGGAGUGGUGCUGAAGGACCUCGGGCCCCCCAUGGUGGCCCGACUGGUUCGCUUCUAUCCCCGGGCUGACCGAGUCAUGAGUGUCUGUCUGCGGGUGGAGCUCUAUGGCUGCCUCUGGAGGGAUGGACUCCUGUCUUACACAGCCCCUGUGGGGCAGACUAUGUACUUAUCUGAGGCUGUGUACCUCAAUGACUCCACCUACGAUGGAUACACCGUGGGCGGGCUGCAGUAUGGUGGUCUGGGCCAGCUAGCAGAUGGUGUGGUGGGGCUGGAUGACUUUCGGCAGAGCCAGGAGCUGAGAGUCUGGCCAGGCUAUGACUAUGUGGGAUGGAGCAACCACAGUUUCCCCAGUGGCUAUGUGGAGAUGGAGUUUGAGUUUGACCAACUGAGGGUCUUCCAGGCCAUGCAGGUCCACUGUAACAAUAUGCACACACUGGGAGCUCGCCUGCCAGGCGGGGUGGAAUGUCGAUUCAAGCGAAGCCCUGCUAUGGCCUGGGAGGGGGAACCCAUGCGCCAUGCCCUGGGGGGCAGCCUAGGGGACCCCCGAGCCCGGGCUAUCUCAGUACCUCUGGGCGGCCGUGUGGGUCGCUUCCUGCAAUGCCGCUUCCUCUUUGCGGGGCCUUGGCUGCUCUUCAGUGAAAUCUCCUUCAUCUCUGAUGUGGUGAAUGACUCCUCUCCAGUUCUGGGGGGCACCUUCCCGCCGGCUCCCUGGUGGCCACCUGGCCCACCUCCCACCAACUUCAGUAGCAUUGAGCUAGAGCCCCGGGGCCAGCAGCCUGUGGCCAAGGCAGAGGGGAGUCCGACUGCCAUCCUCAUCGGCUGCCUGGUGGCCAUUAUCCUGCUGUUGCUCCUCAUCAUUGCUCUCAUGCUGUGGCGGCUGCACUGGCGCAGGCUCCUUAGCAAGGCCGAACGUCGGGUAUUGGAAGAAGAGUUGACAGUUCACCUGUCUGUUCCUGGGGAUACCAUCCUCAUCAACAAUCGCCCAGGUCCUCGAGAGCCACCGCCUUACCAGGAACCCCGGCCUCGUGGAAAUCCACCCCACUCUGCUCCCUGUGUUCCCAAUAGCUCUGCGUUGCUGCUCUCCAAUCCGGCCUACCGCCUCCUUCUGGCCACUUACGCCCGUCCCCCUCGAGGCCCGGGCCCCCCCACACCCGCCUGGGCCAAACCCACCAACACCCAGGCCUGCAAUGGGGACUACAUGGAGCCUGAGAAGCCAGGUGCCCCGCUUCUGCCCCCACCUCCCCAGAACAGUGUCCCCCAUUAUGCCGAGGCUGACAUUGUCACCCUGCAGGGCGUCACUGGGGGCAACACCUAUGCUGUGCCUGCACUACCCCCAGGGGCAGUGGGGGAUGGGCCCCCUAGAGUGGAUUUCCCUCGAUCGAGGCUCCGGUUCAAGGAGAAGCUUGGCGAGGGCCAAUUUGGAGAGGUGCACCUCUGUGAGGUAGAGAAUCCUCAAGACCUGGUCAGUCUUGACUUUCCCAUCAGUGUGCGCAAGGGGCAGCCCUUGCUGGUAGCUGUCAAGAUCUUACGGCCAGAUGCCACCAAGAAUGCGAGGAAUGAUUUCUUGAAGGAAGUGAAGAUCAUGUCAAGGCUGAAGGACCCCAACAUCAUUCGGCUCCUGGGUGUGUGUGUGCAGGACGACCCUCUGUGCAUGAUCACCGAUUACAUGGAGAAUGGAGACCUGAACCAGUUCCUCAGCGCCCACCAGUUGGAGGACAAGAUAGCCGAGGAGGCCCCUGGGGAUGGGGAGGCUACCCAAGGACCCACCAUCAGCUACCCGAUGUUACUGCAUGUGGCAGCCCAGAUUGCCUCAGGCAUGCGCUAUCUGGCCACACUCAACUUUGUCCAUCGAGACCUUGCCACUCGGAACUGCUUGGUUGGGGAAAAUUUCACUAUCAAAAUUGCCGACUUUGGCAUGAGCCGGAACCUCUAUGCUGGAGAUUAUUACCGAGUGCAGGGCCGGGCGGUGCUACCCAUCCGGUGGAUGGCGUGGGAGUGCAUUCUCAUGGGCAAGUUCACCACGGCGAGUGAUGUGUGGGCCUUUGGGGUAACUCUGUGGGAGGUGCUGAUGCUCUGCAGGGCCCAGCCCUUUGGGCAACUCACCGACGAACAAGUCAUCGAGAAUGCAGGGGAGUUCUUCCGGGACCAGGGCCGGCAGGUGUACCUGUCCCGGCCACCUGCCUGCCCGCAGGGCCUGUAUGAGCUGAUGCUUCAGUGCUGGAGCCGGGAACCUGAGCAGCGGCCACCCUUUUCCCAGCUACAUCGGUUUCUGGCAGAAGAUGCACUCAACACAGUGUGAAUCAUGCCAUCCUGCUGACCCACCCUUGGGAAGCCGUGACACGAAAACAAGAGAAGCCUAUGCCCACCCCACCCACCCCCUUUCCUGACUGCCCAUCUCCCCGAGAGGCAGCAUGACUGCGGGUGGGCUGGGCCUACCCAGGGAGCUUUCACCGGACCUGGCACUCACUUCCCUUUCCCGUCCCUCUUCUCCUCUGCCCCUGCCGCCCACCCAGCUGGCCCUGCGGAUGGGACCGUCUCUGACUUCUACCAGCCAUCCUUUGGGAAAAGGUGGGGCAAUGCAGGGCAGACACUGGACCUGGCUCACUGGAGCACCUGGGCCUCACUGGAUAACACUGGUUCCUAGGGGGAGGUGGCUGUACCCCCAGCUUCUCUCUUCCUGUCACACACUGGACUCUGCUGGCUGAGAACUUGAGGGGUGAGGAAGACAAAAAAGGGCCUACCCCUGGAAUUGUUCUCAGCGUUGGCCUCCUUCUCCUCCUCCAAUGUCCCCUCAGACACUGGACCUGGAAGAGGGGCGGGGUGGCCCCUGCCCUGAUCCUCGUCCCUUCUUCCCACCUGCCAUGCUGUAGCUAGGCCUUCUCUAAGCCUGUAUGUUUCUGUGGAGUUAAUACUGGGGAUUAGGGGAGACGAGAGAGCAAGGGGCUGUGGCCUGGGGGUUGGACUUCUCUAUUGUAGCUACCACAUUGGUUUUUUUCUAUAAUCACCUGGGGUUUGUACAUUUUUGGGGGGGAAGAGACAGAUUUUUACACUAAUAUAUGGACCUAGCUUGAGGCAAUUUUAAUCCCCUGCACUAGGCAGGUAAUAAUAAAGGUUGAGUUUUCCACA